AUGUAUGCCGGGCUUGUCCAGAACCUCACAAUGUUCAGCCACAUCAAGACGUCUCCAGAUUACCUCUACGUUUCUCCGGACAUGUGGCGCCAACUCCUACCCCCGCACAGACCUGUCUUUACCAACCUCCGCAACCUGGUCUUUAGUUUGAGCUGGAAAUAUCAAGAGGAAGAUGCUAUUCCUCUGCACUGCCUUCUCGGCCCCAACCUGGAGAGUUUAUGCCUCCACUUCAACUGCGGAGACCUUCCAUUCGAGGACCAGUUGCACGACGCUGAGUCGGGCGCCAGCGUGGCUGCGAUGUCGGUGACUGAUUUGCUCGCCCACCUUCCCCAGAUGUCCCCCCGCUUACGUGAACUGCAACUCUUUCUUGGCCCCUCCACGUACGCACAUGGUCCACUGGCACAGACGUUACAAGGACUGCAGAGCCUCACCGAGUUCAGGAUCAUAUCAAGCACUCCACUUUCCCCCCACGGUGUGAUGGUGCUCUCUUCCCUGCCUUGUCUCGUAACUGCCCUGUUGGACAUACGAGCUGCAGAUUUCCCCCCUCACAGCAUGACGGAGAGGCCCGGUGACUCUGUCAACUUCCCCGCUCUCCGCAAGCUUCGCCUCUUGGUAGACACCGCCGAAUGCGCAGCGACGCUUCUCUCUUGGUCCGUGAUUGACCCCCCAGGGCUCGUCGAGCUUAUCGUCAGAGUCGAGGUUGAGACGAACAUCACGCCUCUUCAAUUCGCGUCAAUCACGGCCACGCUCCCCGCAAAGCGUUGCCGCAUCACACUCGAAACGAUCGUCUUGCACGGAGCCAGCAAGUUCAAAUGCGAUCACCCUUCGCUCGUGGCUUAUCCACCUUCUGCCAUGGCGCCUCUUUAUUCUCUAUCAGCGCUCAGGACCGUUCAUUUACUCGGUGACUGCUACGCCUCCCUCGACGACGACGCGCUUGCCGACAUGGCACGCGCGUGA